CUCUACUACGCAUUAAGCUUGGCGCGUAGAAUAUAUUUUCCGUGUUUUUAAUUUAGUCCUAAAAGAAAGCGCUUCGGCUAAGCAUUGGACAAAGUUGCAAUAUAGUAAAGUGCAAGUUGUUAGCUUGGCUAUAACAAAAAACAAUAGCAUCGAUCAAUCAGUGCACAGACGGAGAAUCAGCGCCAAACAGAAAGUAAAACGCAUUUUCUCACGCAUACACUAACACAAAAAGCGAAUACACACACAUAAGCAGGCGAGCGUGCGAAUAAUAAUAAAGGGCCCACGGUAGUCUGGCAAAAACUAGUCGAAUAAAUUAAAGUGGAAUUUAAUCUGACUAAAUACCAGCGGAGAACGAGUUAUCUUUUGGUGUACAAGUGUUGAACACUCGGAACACAGAAAGCCCUAUCAUAUACUCACACACACACACACAAAUAACUAAACAACAUGUCUACGACACCAAAAUCGACUGAAGAUUUGCUGGGCGAAUCUUGGAUUGAACUGAGCACAACAGCUGCCAUGGCCGGUAUCAAGAGCCCCGACAGAAUCACACCGUUGCCGUUCAACAAUGGGGAGGAGUAUCUGCGCUUGUUGCGCGAGGCACAGCGCGAAUCGAACCAGUCAAGCCGUGUGGUCUCGCUGGCCAGCUCUCGUCGUGAUACGCCCAGAGACAGCCCCAAGAGCCCACCGAACAGUCCUCAAACGGAACUCUGUCCCGACGACGAGCUGAGAAACGUCUACAUUAACUAUUGGACGAAGGCUGGAGAAAAACAGAAUACAGACAAUGGAGAUUGGCUGCAGAACUGGAAUCGUGGCGCAGAUGAGCAGCCACCCAAAAACUGGAAGUUCGAAUCUGUCCAUAAGGCUGGCGACGAGGAGGAGAAAAAGAAGACUACUGGCGGCUACUCCAUACGCUUGAAGCGUUUGGGCGCCCAAUCGUUGUUCUCCCGCGAAAUUCUCUACUCGCUGCUGUUCACCAAUGUCCUGUCCUUGCUGCUUGGUGCCGGCUUUGGAUUGUGGCUGAGCAAGCGCGGCAUACUCCUCACCCGCGUGGUCAUUGACUGAAAGACGCCAUAAACAAAAGCAAAAAACAAAAACAGAUACAGCAACACACAGAUUUAUAAACGUUUUCAAUCUAUCAAUAUGCACAUCAACCGAAGAACAGAAUCCGAACCCGAAGCGUUCCAUUUACAAAACAAAACAAAACAAUCGCCAAACGUAUUCCAGCUCAUUUGUAUUUUUCGACAGAGACCAAUCUGUGUAACACUUUCUCGUAACAUAACAUUGUAAUUUGUAAGCCAUCAAGCUAGGGCAAGCCUCGAGGAGCGGGUAUAACACACAACAGAUUAACAGAUUUUUUUAUUACAUUACAUAUUCUAUAGUUUUAAAUAUGUAUAUUUAACACGUUAUAUGUAUCUAGGCGGCAAAUUGAGUACAGAAAAGCCGCAUAUAGCCUCUAUAUACAAUAUGCUUUUCUGUAGUUGUUUCGCUCUUAGGAUUCACCCAUAUAUAUGUACACCUCCAAAUCAAUCCAAUCCAUUCGAAGUAUUUCAUUUACAUCAGAUACACCCCCGUAUCCGUAUAUCAUAGACAUAUUGUAGUUGAAUCACAUUGUAUAUCCAAAAUCAUUAUUUUCUGUUGUGCAAUCGUGAAAUGUUUUUUUGAUUUUCUAGCAUAUAGAAAAAACGAUAAAAGAGAUGAAAAAAGAAAAUCCAGAUAUGGCAAACAUACAUAUAUAUAUAUUAAAUGAUAUAUAUGUAUAUAUAUAUAUAUAUUAAUAUGUGAGGGAGGGGUUAUUAACCCCACGAAAAAAAAAUCACACAAUAGUUGUAACAAUUUUUAUAUUAAAAUAUUUUUCAAUAUCUAUUUAAAA